GCAAUCAAUGCGGACUAUUACAUAACAACAUGGCAGCUAGGUGGAAGAGUUUAUCGUGGAUGGUUAAAAGUUUUUAUUCCUUAAAUAGGACUCUUUCGUUGUACCAUUCACAAAACUCAUCCUUGGUGAGAUACAAUUACAAUGAUUUAUAUACGCAAUUGAAGAGAAACUACAAAUACAUUCUAGACGAGAAAUUGGCCGCUAAAAUUGCAAAAAGGCUUGAACCUUUACGAGACGAAUCAAUAGUUGUAACAAAUCCUGGGACGGGAGUUCUUGUGAAAGCAUUAUUGAAAGCCGGAGCGAGUCAUGUUAUUGGACUUGAACCGGAGAGGAAAUUCCAUCUGUCGUUAACAGACCUCAAAUCGGAACUUCCAGAAGGGGAAAGAUUUGAAAUCCUUCAUGGUGAUUUCAGUAAAAUCGACCCUCAUCUAAUGAAGAAAGAUGUCUGCAUCCCUCCAGCUAUUUCAUCCGAGGAUGUGCUUCGAUCGGUUAAACCCCAGCCGUGGGAAUCCGAUCAUUUAGCAGCGAGAUUUAUUGGUAUCGAGGCUGCUGUUAACCCUGACGUUGUGCACCGAAAUUUGUUAAGGCAUCUUGGGGCAAUAGCAGCAAAGAACGGCAUCUUCCACAAAGGAAGGAGUGAACUGGCUUUUUUCUUUGCAGAGGAUCGAGCGCAUAAAAUCACUGCUCAGUUUGGGAGUAAAUAUUACAACAGACAGUCAAUCAUGUUGGAAAUGUUUUGCGAUGUAAAUAUUUUACUCCGAGAACCCUGUUCAAUGUUUUAUCCUGUUCAAAGAAAAGAAAAAGAUAGUUUUCUGACAUUGGUGAGUAUUAUACCUAAAAAAAAACCAAGUGUGGACAUAGCAAGGGAAGAUCUGGAAUAUUUAAACUACUUCAUCAGACUUCUUUUGGUUAAACCAAAAAGCAAAGUGUUAGAUGUAAUGGAAACUAUUAGCCCAGGAAGCCAUACGAUUUUUGAUGAGCUAGAGUUUGCAGAUGAUCUUACAGUAAGAGACCUUUGUACUGAGCAGAUCAGUCAGCUAGCUAGUGCUUUUUUCCACUGGAGAGGAAGAUCACUGAAUUUUUUCUAUGAUGUAGGAAGUCAUGAAGUAAGAACAAAGUAGGAAUUGAGUAACCCCAAGCUCUCUACCUGUAAUUAUCAAUAAACCUCAUUCUGAUUGUUCA